AUCAAUAACUGCGACCAAUCACAUCCGCGGACCAUUCAUUCCUAAUUAACAUGGAUUGGAAACAUUUACCGAAGUGUAAACUUUUCAACGCUGUUUUCGCCCGAUCCUACGCAGUAAUUUUGACUUGAAAUGUUUCAAAAGCAACCUUCGUUAGCAACUGAGCAACUCGAUCGGGAAGAUUUGUGGACAUCAUCAAAUUUGGACGGAGAAGAAAACUAUGGACUCGAGAAAGUUUUAUUUUCAUCCUCCAAUCACGGGAUAUAUCAAAGAAAAUCAGGAGCCGAACUUGAAAUUUGAGCGAAAGAUCGCGCGCGGUUAGUUCCUUCUUGGUUUCGACUGUACUGUUUGAGUGAACAUGGAUGAAUUUGACGAGAAUGGUUGGGCCCACGUUCACCAUGCAGCCUACAAUGGCUACUAUAAGAGUGUUAGUCGCUUCAUCAAGUCGCGAGAAGACCAGUUAGAGCUUGAAACUCAAGACGGACAGCAGCUAACUCCCUUUCUCUUGGCGUGCACCAACGGCCAUCUUGAAACUGUACAACUUCUCGCAGAAGAGUUUCAUGCAAACUUGAAGGCUAAAGAUCGGCAAUUGUUUGGCGCUGUAGAAUUGGCAGCGUUGAAGGAUCACAUCAAUGUUCUGGAGUAUCUUUUGAAACUCGAUAGCCCUGACCUCGAGGUGUGGAAAAAUUUAAUUCGUGGCCUAUCGGUAAGUGAUCUCGAGACAUCGUGCGCCAAAGCUCUCGUGGAACUCACGACGGAGGAAAAUUGUGAUCAUUUAGAAUCGUUCUUGAACGCCGGGGGUGUUCUGGCGAUCUUAAAUUUGUUGAAAAACUCCUUGUCGAGUGAAGAAUCUAAGAUCUUUGCUCUCUCGGUAUUGUUGAACCUUGUUAGACAUGAUGCAGGAAAGGAACAGUUGAGCAAAAAUCGAGCGGUGCCUCCCAUUAUCUUGCAACUUAAAGAAACCACGAGAGCUCUGUAUCUUCCUGCUACAAGACUGCUGGAAGCACUGGCUUACAGUGAGGAGAAUAAAGAGGCUACAGUCAGUAAUGGGGGAAUCGAUUCCCUAGUGCGGUUACUUCGGUACAGUGAUGAUGAAGAAGUUGUGGAAUCAGCAUUGAGUACCCUAAGGGUUUUAUCCAACUCAAAUUCUGAAAUACAAACGGCUGUUGGAAGUAAUAAGGACAUUUGGAAGUCCCUGGUUAGCUUGCUGACUGGAGUUAAAAACAAGCAUGUCCUAGCAGCAGUGGCUAAGACAGUGGGUGCCGUUGUCAAGGGGCACACAGCCAAUCAGAAUGCCUUUGUUGCUGAAAAUGGAGUACCACCUUUAAUGGAACUAAUGCGUUUACGAUCAAGAGAGUGUCAGUUUGCUGCUGUUCAAGGAAUUCAAGCAUUAGCAGAAGGUAAUGAAGGCAAUCAGAGUACUGUGACGGAACAUGGAUGUGUAAUGAUGCUGAUGAGACUGUUAAAGCGAUCCAGAGCAGCUGAUUUAAGAACACUGACUGCUGGAGCUCUUUGGGCCAUUGCUGGGGAAAAGAAUGCUCAGAGGCGAUCUAUUGGUGCUGAAAUUGGCGUCAACCUCCUAAUUGAAUUUCUUUCUGAGAAUUUACCUCAAAGUCUGCAUUUCAUUGGAUCAGAGGCUCUAGGAGUCCUUGCCGAGGGUGUGAGGAACAAAAGAGAUGAAAUCGCCAAGGCUAAUGGUGUUACGCCAUUGGUUCGUCUUUUGGGGAAAUCAAACACACCAGGAUACAUCAUUCUUAGUGUGCUACGGACAUUGCGAGCAUUGUGUCUCUGUCUUGGUUUCAGACCACAUGUCCAAAAUCAGGAUGCUGUUACCAAAGAAGGGGGUCUAAAAUUUCUGAUCAGGUAUAUGGUACAAGCAAGGCAAGACAUCAUCAAGGUAGAGGCGGCUUAUACACUGGGCUGUGUUUGUUUGAGUAACAGUGCUAACAUGAAAGCAACAUUAGAUCACAAGGAUUUCAGUUUUGUACACAUUCUCCGACAGCUUUAUGAUGAAGAUGAUGAGGUGCACUUGCUUGCUGGUGCCGCUCUGGCUGUAUUUGCUUACAACAAUGUUGCAAACCAAAGGAACAUUGCUCUGUCAGGGGGAGUGAGGUACCAUGCCUUUGUCCCAUUUUUGGAAUCCAAGAAUGAAAAGCAGGCUACUUAUGCUGCAUUUCAAGUUGUUGUUUUGUCUCGGAUCAUCCCUGAUGAAGACCAAUCCUUAACAUCAGCGACUGGAAUAAAACUGUUAGUUUCACUUCUUGACUCAACAACUGAAGACAUUCAAGCUGCUGCAGCAAAUUUUAUCGGAGGUCUGGCACAUACAAGAGCUGGGAUUCCAGGUGCCAUCAUCUCCAUAGGAACAAUUCCCUUACUAGGAAAGCUCUUGACAUCACAGUACGAAACUGUACAGGCAGCUGCAGCUGUUGCCCUUGGAUACCUGAGCUUUGACAGUAUAGGCGAGAGACAGCUUCUCAGUGUGUGUCGCCGUGACCCUUUUCUUUAUGAAGUGAUACAGUUUCACGCAGGAAAAGUGAAACUGUCACCGCAAUUUGUGGAGAGAUGGCAGCACUGCAAGAGGAUUGGCCUCCCUCCAAUAAUGUAAGUCAAGUGUUUGUAUUUUAUGUACAUGUUGCAUGCAGUCAAACUGCUACCAAUUCUGCUUAAUGU